AUGAAGGAGCCUUAAAAAAACUCAAUCUUAAAACUAUGGCCUCACUAUUAAAAAAUUUUGAAAUCUUCAAAAUAUUCUUAAUGGAAGUAGAAUGAUUUAAUUUGUAAAAGGAGCAUGUUUUAUCAUACAGCUAUUGCCUUUAGUGCCUUUUAUGUUUUAAUCAGACUAAUAGUAGAAAUUAUCAAAAUAGAAAACAUGAUGAAUAUUUUUCAAUUAACCCUUUUUAUUGUCUUAGAGAUCAUAAUAACAUGCAUCUACACAUUUUGUAAGAAAAUAUAGAUUUACUUUCUUGCAUAAUAUUGCUUGAUUUCAGUUUAUAUCUUGAUAACAGUAUAAAAUGAAGAAAUAAAUAAGAUCUACAUUUUCCUCUAUAUGAUACUCGUUAAUAGCCAUUCUAACUUAAUAAUAAAGAUUUUCCUCUAUUUAUAUUUUAUCUUCACAGUCAUAUUUUUUUACAAGUUUGAACCCCUUGAGAUAUGUCUCAUAUGUUCAACCGCCUUUAUUCACAAUUAUUAGUUGGAAUCUCACUUCAUUGCCAAUUAUAUAAAAUAGUUAAAGCUAUUAUCUAUUAUCGAGCAAAUGCCUAGUGCAGUUUGCAUCGUAGAUUAAAACACUAAACAGAUCACAUACUCCAAUUCAUUAUUUGAGAAAUUAGCCUAAACUUUAUAAGUAACAGAUGAAUUGGCUCAAUCAAUAAAUAAUCAGAGCAAAGAACAAUAGUAAGUAGAUUUUAUAGAGAAUUCUAAGUUUUUGUUGAAUUGA